GCUUGCUGACCAACGACUGCAGCAGUCUCAUUUUGCACCUAAGAAAUGUACCAUCGACUGUAUCCUGCCAUUGAGGGUUCUCAUCAAGUGCAACCAAACUCUUUGAGCCUUUUUUUACUUGUUUAUUUUUGGGGUACCACCCACUCAGGUUAUCCCUUUUGGCCAUUUUGUCAGUCCCAGUCCAUGUUGGAGUCCUGGGUCCUCCAACACCACACUUGCAUUGAGGUCGGGUGCGAUGGAACAGUGCACCUUGCUCUAAAUUGUGAGUAGCUGGCUCUUGUGGUAUUGUUGACAAACCCAAAACAUGCAUCAAACACGUCUGAGUCUCAGAGUAGCAGAGGAAGUGGCAGUUUCUGCAGCUGCGCACCAGUACUGAAGUUACCAGGAAGUUACCACAUUCUACUGCAGACAAGCCUUGUGGAUAAAUAAGCAGGCAGAUGGUGAUCAGUCAUCAGCGCAAACGCUGAGGGGGACGCUGGCUAUGGGCUGUUGCAGUGUGACCCAGAGACAUGUUGGAAUAACGGAAGUAGGGCCUGAUGAGAUGGAGCUACUGGAGAUCAGCAGUCCAGGGGUGUGGGGGCUGAGUGAGAUGCCCUUUCCCUCUCCGCCCCUGUCUGAGUUAAAACAGGAUACACAUUCUUCUGUCACUUUAGUGUCAACAGAAGGUCCCAGUUCACAGGCCAUCCUGUGGGGCAGAAGCAGACAGGAGUUGCACCAGUUGGUUUAUUCAAAACCUAUUUCUUCCUGGGAGGGCCAGUCAGCUCCCGCCUAUGGGGAAAUUGUUUGGUCUUCUGUCGUGUACCUCCACAAUCACCACACCCAGGAGAUGACUAAGCGAUAUCUGGUUUUGUUUUCUUUCCAUUUGCUGAUAUUAGCGAUUGAUGAUAGAAAGCAGGCCUUCAUUUACGAGGGCAUUCUCCCUCUCUCUGGAACAUCGGCACAAGCUCUUCCUCCGGACAGUAAGAUGAAAGAUGCCUUUGAGAUCAAUGGAUCAAUGGUGGAGGCUAGAAUCUUUAUCUGUGAUAAAAGCACAGACAGAGCAGUGUGGCUGGAAAACAUUGAAGAGAGGAGGAAGCGAGCCCUCAGUCUGCAGCUGAGCCCCUCUCACAGCGCCCUGUCCUACCUGGUCCCAUGUGAUAAAACGUGGAAGAAGGAGGAACUUAAGAGGUACCUGUUGCAGGCCCCUAUCUGGCAGUGGGAGGGCACACCCAUCCAGCACUUGGGUCCAAUGGGCUACCUCUCCCUGGUCCAUGUUGUAAAUGCACAGUGGCAGGAGCCCCAGGAACGCCUGCUGCUGCUCUUUCCAGAAGACCUUCUCCUGCUCUCUCUGGACAGUCGCCGCAUUCAAGUGAAAUAUGAGGGCAGGCUCCCACGUAAGACCAUCAAAGCCCUUGAAAGGUCAGCUUUACCCGGAAGGCUACAGUUUGAGUUGACAGGUGAGUUCAUGAUGCCUCUGCUGGUGUCCUGCCACUCUGAGGAGGACUACAAGACCUUGACUUUCCAGUUGCAGCAGCCUGAGCAGAACUCAGUUUUGGAUCAGGCUCCUCCACCACUCAUUCCUAAGAAACGCAGAAGCUGAUCGGAGUGCAAUGGAGCCUUGCAAGCUGCUCAUUAAAGACAACAUGCAUGAUAAACCAUCACUGAAUUCAAAAGAAGGUUUAUAUUCUCCAUCAAGGUCCCAUCUGGGAGAGAUUGCUGUCAAGCUAAAUUGUGUCUUUUUGGAUCGUGUGGACUUAAGCGUGAAGGAUAGAGUUUGCUUCUGCUAUCAAAGAUGCUGGGCUCCUCCAUGACCGCCCUCUGUCUAUCAUAACUUUUUAGACUGUUGUAGCCUCGUGUACUUCUCACACAUGAAGGAUUUGCCAAGUAGAGGUAAAAAAUGUAUUUUGGUACUGUGUAUUUAUCCUUGUAGUAAUACUGCAGCUUAAGUUCCAUAAAUGCAUUGCUAUGUUAAAUGGAGGGCCAGUAUAAAUAGCCAAACUUUAGGUUUUGGUUUUACGUCUAGGAUGGAAUACAAAUCUAUGUGGCCUUUGUGUAGCUGUGAAGAAAUAUGACCCAUUUCCUAGAUAAAUCAAUUUACCCACUGUAA